AAUCAAUGGUAAGAGUUUCCCACAGUACUGCAUGUUGUUUUACAUGUUGUUUUCAUAUUUAUCUAUGUUUGAAACAUACUUUUCACCAGUCUAUCUUUUCCACAAGUACUGUAAUUUAAAAAAAAUAAAUUCUACUUGAAAAAUAAAUAAGCAAGCACUUAAGGAACAAAGGCUGACCUUGUUUUAGUCUUCUUACUUCCUGUGGAAUAAUUCCUGUGUACUGUAUUUCUGCAUGAACCUGUUAUUGUAUAAUGGAUAAACUUUUCUGAAAAUGUUUCUUACUAAAUAAUACUUUUUCCAUUUCCCGCUCAGAGUUCAAGGAGUGCUUCUCCUUGUAUGACAAGAAGCAAAAAGGCAAGAUUUUUGCCAAAGACCUUAUCACAGUUAUGCGCUGCUUGGGUACAAGCCCCACAUUCGGGGAAAUUGAAAGACAUCUGCAAGUUCACAAAAUCGAAAAGACAGGUGAGCUGGACUUCUCUACGUUUCUGACGAUGAUGCACAGACAGAUGCAACAGGAAGACCCCAAGGCAGAAAUCCUGGAGGCUUUGAGGAUGACUGACAAACAGAAGAAAGGAUACAUCCAGGCAUCUGAGCUCCGGGCCAAGCUCACCAAGUUGGGAGAAAAACUGACGGACAAAGAAGUGGAUGAACUCUUCAAAGAGGCAAAUGUGAAGUCAAAUGGGACCAUCAACUAUGAAGAGUUCACCCGGAUGGUGACGCUCCCACCUGUCGAUUAUUGAUUUUUCAGCCAUUGCCUUUACAUAGAACUUGAUUUUUGGAAAUGUGUCUAAAUCUCAUAAUAUAUUAAAUCUACAUGAUGUACCGGCAGAAAGUAUUCUUGACUUUUUUAAGUGAUUAAAUGCAGAACCUCUUUACUCUUGACUAACACAAUACAUAUUUUGGCAUUUUAUUCCUAAAUGGGAUAUCAUUUUUUCAUUUCAAGCCUGACCCUCCUCAAAAAUCCUAUUUUGCACAUUUGCGAGGGAUAGAUUAAACUUUUUUUUUCUCCAUGAAGUAGUUUCUUAUUACUGUCAACUUUCCACACGAGUAUUAAACUGCAUUUUAUUCCUACACUUGUGUGAUGAAAGCUGAGUUUGAAUGAAGACACACUUAUUCUGAUGGAUUGUUUUAUUUCUUUGCACACUACUGUAUGUAAAGCCCUCAUCCAUAUCUUUCUUUCUGACAGUUUCAGCUGUUCUGUCUUCUCAAGUUCCGU